CUCAGCCUCAGCCAUUCGCAGCAGAUUUUUUCCCCUUUUUCCCCUUUUUCCCCUUUUUUUUUUUUUUUUUUUUUGUGGAAAUACAAAACAAUUUUUUUCAAUAAUGCUUCGUAACAAGAUGCCGCCUGACAUGGAGGACGUGCCCCCCACCUGCCGGGCGGACUCCCCUGCCGUGACAAGGUGCCAGGAAACGGCGGAGGAGGCGAGCUCUCCAACCUCCUCAUUCUCUUCCUCCACGGGGUGCAAUGCAAAGGACAUCUGCCAAGAUGCAGCGUUUGUUCCGACAGUCACCGCAAUUUCCUCCAGCCCAGAUUUCCAGUGGAUGGUCCAGCCUACAAUCAUUACAUCCGUCUCUUCGUCUCCGGGCAGCAAGCAAGCCAAUCAGGCGCUGCAGAGCUCUGACCAGGCGACACCCAAAGAGGGCAGGAGUAAGGGGAACAAUGUGGCGAGGAAGGCAAAAGCAGAACAGCUGUCUCCAGAGGAGGAGGAGAAGAAGAGGAUACGGAGGGAGAGGAAUAAAAUGGCCGCGGCCAAGUGUCGCAACAGACGGAGGGAACUGACGGAUACGCUGCAAGCUGAGACGGACACGCUGGAGGAGGAAAAAGCAUCCUUGGAGACAGAAAUAGCAAACCUCCUCAAAGAGAAGGAGCGACUGGAGUUGAUCCUCGCCGCGCAUAAACCGCUGUGCCAAAUGUCCGAGGACAUGGAGACCAUUUUGCGGGAGUCUAACGGAUCGCCGGUAGUGCCGUCCAGUCCGGAGGAGGACAGUCUUCCGGACGACAGCACUCAGGAAGCUCCUUCGCUCCUCCAAGACAUGGACAUCCCGAGUGAUCCGGCCACAGCCAUCUCCGGGAAUUCCGACAUCCUCUUGUGCGCCAGCGCCGAAAUCCACAUGUGCGACCUGGAGCCCUCUCUGGACAUGAAGGAAGGGCUCAUGGACAACCUACUGCCCACUUUGGAGGACAAACCCCCCACGGAGACGGCCCGGUCCGUUCCGGACAUCGAUCUGAGCAGCUCCCUCGGGGUCUCUGACUGGGAGACCCUGUACAAGUCAGUUUCUAAUGACCUGGAGCCUCUCAGUACCCCCGUGGUGACCUCCACACCCACCUGCAGCAGCUACCUGUCCGUCUUCACCUUCGCCUGUCCCGAGCUGGACUUGCUCACGGAGGGUCUGGACAGCCAUAAAGGGGGAGGAGGAGGUAAAGCAGAAUCUGUUGACCUCCUCAACUCUCCAACUCUGCUGGCCUUAUAGAAGGAAGGUCUGGUGGGAACCAUUUGCAGGCUCCUGACUUCAACUUGAGGAUCCCACAUAACCAACAGAGUGAUGUAGCAUGGCUUUUAUUUUGACAGCUCUCCAUUUAAAUGCAUGCAUUUUCAAACCUAAAAAAAAGAAAUACAUAUAUAUAUAGUGUAUAUUUAUAUCAAUAUAUGAUCUGUUAUAGAUCUAGUAUGUUAUGUGAGGUUUGAUGUGAUUGUGUGGUUUUGGUGUCAAUAGUAUAUUGAUUGCUAUUAAUGAUGUAUUCACACACACAAGGCUGACUCCUGGCAUAAACACUCAAUCUUGUCUUGGGCCUCAAAAACACAUUCAUGCUUACCUCAAUGUCAUCGACUGUGGUUUGACCUCAUUGUUGAGAAAGUUUUCCAUGAAAACAUCCAGUGCUUAUAUACUAUAUAUCUGUCAAGAUGUAACUUAUGAUUUAUUUUUAUACCUAUUUGUUAAAAGGAUGAGAUGAUAGAGCAUUGAGUGCUUAUUAUCUAUGCUGCAGAAUAACAACCACAAUAAAUCUACACUGAGUUGUGUGUUUUGUGUCAUGCUACAAUAAACUCCACAAAAAUGAUGGACAUAUUUACCCUUGGGUGUGCUGGAUGCCUACCUCAGCUCACUUUAGGUGAUUAAGGUGGAUUGGUCCCCAUAUAUCUUCCUAUAAACCAGCCUCCUCUGCAGCGGACAUGUAUUUAUUUUCUCAGAUAUAUACAUGUUUUGGGGAAAAAAAUCACUUGUUUUAUGCAAAACAAACAUUUCCACUGCAGACAGGUAUACUGUAAUACAACUGGAACAUUGUUGAGUAAGUUAUAAAAGUUUAGAGAUUGACAUUAAGAAGAAAUUGAAU